UCGGGAUUCGGGUGAGCCUGACUUAAAUCGGAGCUCUAACCCAGUUUUGUUUGGAUAUUCAAAUACUCACGCUUCUCGCUUCACUAACUUCCAACUAAAGUCAAGCAGAACACACAAAUAUGGCACUUUCGACACUCCUCCACAUCAAACACCCAAUUCUCUUCGCUCCUCUCCAUUUCUCCAAAUCUCAAAUCCACCCCAGAAAACCUUCAAUCCCCACUUCAAUCCCAACACUUAAAUCCCACAACAAAAUGCUCCCUCACAGACCAAAUGCAAUCUCGACGCAAGGAGUUCUAUCAGAGGCUAUGAGAUUGAUCCAAUCAGCACCCCCCACUUGGAAAUCAGCGCUUUUCAGUAAUCUCUCUAUUUUUCUUGUUGGGUCUCCAAUUUUGGUAUCUGGGCUCUCUCUUUCUGGGAUUUUUGCUGCUUUUUUGUUGGGUACUCUCACAUGGCGCGCUUUUGGUCCUUCUGGGUUCCUCCUUGUUGCCUCUUACUUUAUUAUUGGAACUGCAGCUACAAAAGUGAAAAUGGCACAGAAGGAAGCUCAAGGAGUGGCUGAGAAGAGGAAGGGAAGAAGAGGACCAGGCAGUGUGAUUGGUUCAAGUGCUGCUGGUUGUGUGUGCGCUUUUCUGUCAAUAUUUCGAUUAGGGGAUGAGGCAUUUCUUGCACUUUGGCGACUUGGGUUUAUUGCCAGUUUCUGUACCAAGCUGAGUGAUACAGUCUCAAGUGAGAUAGGGAAGGCAUAUGGCAAAACUACGUACCUUGUUACAACAUUUAAGGUAGUUCCAAGGGGAACAGAAGGGGCUGUCAGUGCUGAGGGAACACUAGCUGGAUUGUUGGCCUCUAUACUUCUUGCCUCCGUUGGUUGUCUCAUGGGUGAGAUAAAUGUACCUGAAGUAGUUAUAUGUGUGAUAGCUUCCCAAAUUGCUAAUGUUGGUGAGAGCAUAAUAGGUGCAGCCUUCCAGGAUAAAGAAGGGUUUCAAUGGCUCAACAAUGAUGCUGUCAAUGUCAUCAACAUAUCCGUGGGCAGCAUUAUAGCAAUAUUGAUGCAGGUAGUGAUUCUCCAAAAAUGGGGUGCUUAAAUCUAUGAAUCACCGGAAUACAAAUGCCUGAGCAUUUUGGAUAUUAGCAUUAAAAUCAUUCCAGCCACCCGCAAGUUCUAUUGAUAAACAAAGCAUGAUCAGGUGCUGAUAAAGUUUAAUGCCCUGUUUCACUUCAAGCUGUGAGAUUGUUGACUGUUUGGUGAUCUGCAUACAAAGCUCUCUGCUACUUUACAACAGAGUGCCAAACAAGGAGGUAUUUACAAGCACUUAUGGAUCUGUUUGGGAUAAUAUUCUUUGUAUGGUUAGAUACAAAAUGUUUCCAUUUUUAUUUGUAUAUUUAUUCUUAUUAGCUGAUGCAUUAGUCCUUUGUUAAGAGAUCAGACUGACAACUGGACAAUGUGGUUUUUUAAUCUUCUUCUGUGGCAAUUUUCUGACGGAAACGAUGUAAUUUUGAAUUCA